AGACACACAAACCCCUUUCCCUUCGUCUUCUCCUUCCAGAAAUGGCAUGUUCAAGAAUCCGUUCAAUCAAUCCUCACUUCUUUAUGCCUAUUCUUCCUGGUUCCCACCAAGAACUGUUGAUUCCAUCUUCUUUCAUGAUCAAAUACUAUUGGAUGGCACUCACGGUGAACAUUGCAAGCAAGCUGUCUUGAGGAGCAGCAGCACCAGGAAGCACUGGCCGGUAAAGAUGAACGGCCGGCGUUUGGAAGAUGGUUGGCCGGAGUUUGCCAGAGAUCAUGACUUGCACGUGGGCGAUUUCUUGGUGUUCAGGCAUGAAGGGAACUUCCUGUUUCAUAUUACGGUCUUUGACCCAACUGCCUGCGAGAGGAAAUACCCACCGUCUUAUCAUCAUCAUGUAAAAUUAGAAGAUGAUGAUGAUCAAAGCCAAGAGAAUGAUCACAGUUUCAAACUUGGGCCUGUCAAGGAUUUCAGAGGGUCUAAAGAUGUCUUAAGGAAGAAGCCAGAGCAUCCCUGUUUUUGGCGCACUGUACCAUUUCAUAAGGAUCCCAGAUUGAAUAUACCAUUAUCCUUUGCGAGAGCAAAUGGUUUAAUUGACAGAUGGUGCAAGAUGAUCCUAGUAGACGAGAAGGGAAAAUCAUGGCCAGUGAAUUUAAGGCAGAGAAAAAGUAUCGGCCUUGUUUGUAUUUGUCGCGGUUGGCUUGCCUUCCGAGUUGGGAACGACCUGAAGAGUGGAGACAUCCUGAUGUUUGAGCUUAUUGAGAAAGGAGCCACACCCAUUAUUAAUGUUCAUGCAACCGGAGAAGAAGAUGAGGCUGGCCGGAGACGAGGCGAGACAGGCGGAGAGGAAGAGGCUGGCCCCCAGAAAACGGCAGGAGAUGGGAGCCUAACCGGAGCUGACGGAGAUGAACAUUCGGCCAGGGAACAGCCGGAGGAGACAGCCACACAUAUGCUCGCAGAGCACGUGAUGCCGCGCAGGAAUCGAAAAAACAGCAGCACGUCCCAGACCCGAAAGAGUCAGACUCGGGAAUAGGAUAGGGAAGAAGGAGUUUUUUCCCGUUUUAUUAUUAAAAAGAAAUAAAAUAUAACAUAAUACUUUGGGAAAAAA